UGUUUCGCUUCAUUCAAACAAUGUGUAGAAUAAAAGAAUGUUUUUCUUCUUAUUUUGAUAAGGUCGUCUAAUGGAAGUAAUUGUUUCAAAGAAUCGAAUUAUCUAGUCCAUUUUUGAUGAUUUUAAGUGCUUGAAAAUGGAUACACUGACCAUAUUGAUUGUAUCAGUGUUGGUAAUUUUUCUUUCCAUAUGGCUAUCAAAAAGGAUACAAGGAAGAAAAUCAUUACCAGGACCUAUAGGACUACCAAUUGUGGGCUACCUACCGUUUUUGACGAAGAAAAUUUACGUAAAACUGACACUCUUGGCGGAUACUUAUGGGCCAAUAUACAGUAUUCGUAUGGGAAGUCGAAAUGUUUUGGUGAUAACUGAUUUCAAACUCAUAAAAGAAGCUUUCGCAAGUGAUGCUUUCAUGGGAAGACCUCCUGAUUUGCCUAUUGAACAGAGUGAAACAUCUCAAAAAAGCGAAGCAAUAAUAGGCUUGCCAUGGAAAGAACAAAGACGAUUUUCAUUGCACAUGCUACGCGAUCUAGGCUUCGGGAAAACCAAAAUGGAAUCUCAUUUAAAAGAAGAAAUUCUUGAAUUGAUUGAACUAAUAGAAAAAGAAAAUGGUUGUCCAAUAUCGCCUGCUGAAUACCUCACUCCCAGUAUGUCCAACAACAUCGCUUCAUUUAUAUUUGGAAAGCGUCUCAAACACGAUGAUCCUAAAAGAAAGAUGCUAAACGAAUGCUUUGCUGAAAUUGGACGUUUAGGAUUACCUUUAAUUCCAAUGUUCUUUCCUUGGAUAAGUAAAGUUUUGGACUUUUUCAAUAUAGGGACGAGGAAAAAAUUUUCCAUAGAAUUAGGCAAGGUAAAAAAAUACGUCAGAGAAGAAAUGAGAGAGCACGAAGCAACCUUUGACCCUGACAACAUUCGAGAUUUCAUAGACGCAUACUUACUUGAAAUUCAGAAACGAGCCAAGGAUGUCACUUCAACAUUUCACAGAGAUACUCUUGAAGAUUUAGCGAGAGGUUUCUUUGGUGCUGGAAGCGAAACCGUACGUUUAAGCGUUGAAUGGAUGCUUCUAAUUUACUCUGCUUACCCAGAAGUUCAACAAAAGGUUCAUGCAGAGAUCGAUGAUGCUCUUGGUUCAGAAAGGUUUCCAACAUGGCAAGAUAGGUUUGACAUGCCUUACACUGAAGCCACAAUCCUAGAACUCAUGAGAUGGAAGCCCAUUAUACCCGUGAACCAAAUCCGCUAUACAAUUGCAGAUACUGAACUUAAUGGAUACUUUAUUCCCAAGCACAUGGACGUGAUAGCCAUAAUUUAUGCAGUAUCCCAUAACAAAUCUCUGUGGGGAAAUGAUACUGAUGAAUAUAAACCAGAGAGAUUCUUGACUGAAGAUGGAAAAAAAGUUGUGAAACCAGAAUACUUCAUUCCCUUUUCAAUAGGGAAAAGACAAUGUCCUGGAAAACCACUUGCUGAAAUUGAAGUUUUCCUAUACGUCGUCGCUCUUUUACAAAAAUUCGAGGUGUCCUUACAACCUGGAAGAAAAGCUGAUUUAGAAGAACAACUCGGAAUGGGCCUUUUCCCCAAAAAACAAGAGAUUGUAUUUAAAUUACGAAUGAGUGAAAACAAAAUGCAAGCUACAUAGUUGUACAUAUAUUAAAUUUAGCACACAUUUAAUAAUAAAUGUGACUUAUAAUAAAACAUAUUUUUAUUAUAAGUAUUGCUUAUA